AUGUCAGCUAAUAACUACUACGGCACACCCCCUCCCCAACAAGCUUAUGGAGGUGCACCGGGAUAUCCACCUAAUGGUGCGCCUCCCCCGCCUGGACAAUGGGAUCCCAACCAACAAGCACCUCCCCCAAUGCACACCCAAUACGCACCCCAACCUCAGAUGGGCUACGAUCCCAACCAAAACCAACAAAUGCCCCCACAAGGCGACACAGAUAGAGGUGCAGGUACAGCAGCCGCCUGUUGUGGAUUAGGUGCAUGUUGUCUGUGUUGUUUGCAAUGUUGUGCUUUGGAAGCUUGCUGCGAUGCUGUCUUCUAA